AUGGACAGUGUUGCCCGCGAACGUCGGGCGCUCGAGUUCGACUUGCGUUCGGCUUUGGAAGGUGAAGAACUCGAACUGUUCUAUCAACCCCUUAUGAGCUCUUCCGACUCGGCACCGGUCGGAUUUGAAGCGCUGCUUCGCUGGAACCACCCGAUCAGGGGCAGGCCAAACCGCCUCGAACUUGAAAUUACGGAAAGCCUUCUGAUUGACCGGCCAGACGAGGUUUUGGCAACGCUUCAGCGGCUGAAGGAUCUCGGUGUAUCAAUUGCCAUGGACGAUUUUGGCACUGGCUACUCCAGUUUGUCCUAUCUGCUCAAAUUCCCGUUCGACAAGAUCAAGAUCGACAAAUCGUUCAUCUCGGCAAUAGACACCGACAAGGCAGCUUGCGAUGUGUUGAGAACGAUCGGUUCGCUCGGCAAAUCGCUCAACAUCAGGAUCACUGCAGAGGGCGUCGAAACAGAAGAGCAGGCCGACUUCUUGCGUGCUAUCGCUUGUGAUCAAUUGCAGGGUUACUUCUUUGCAAAACCAUUGCAGGUUUCCGGCAUACCGGCAUUCCUCGCCAAACAGACCGCGAGAAAAAUGCGCGCUUCCGAAAUCCUGGACGACCAGAAAAUGGCCGCUGCCUGA